GGGGGAAAGAGAGGCAGGAAAGGGGAGAGAGGGAGCGGGACACCUGCUGGCGCUCCAGGCUUGACACCGUGCGUCAGACCGAGGGGAGCUCCCGACUGAGACCAGCCUGCUCCUCGGAAUCCUGGCAUCCGAGCCGGGGCGACGGCUCUGUAGCCUGCGGAGGUACCUCUGGCCCUCCGCCAGCUGUCGAUCCCCACCCUCCGUGUAGGAUGGAGUCACGGAGCCCGUACCUCGCCGCUGCUCCCCGGUGAUGUGCCCGCUCCCGGAGUCGGGGGUCCCGGGCUGCGAGGCGCCAGACUGCCCACGAUGAGGGCUGCGCGCAGCCUCUCUCGGCUACUCCUGUUGUCGGUGCUCAUCCGCUUCACUCAGGCUGAUACGUGGAGCGCCGAUCCGUGGGUCGAUGCGGAGGGAGCGCCGCGCCGUGGGCGGGGAGGCGGUGCGGAGGGAGCGCACUCUCUCACCUGGUCGGGGCCGAGUCCCGGGGUGUGGAGGAACCCGCCUGCCUCGGGCAGUGCUCUGGCCAGCAGCAUGGCACUGGGAUGAAGCCGAGUGGUGCCAAGGUUGGGGGCCUGCACCCUCAGGAGACACUGAGCCGAGGGUCAAAGUGCAAGUGUUACUGUGGGGUUGAGCCCUGUGGGACCACGAGUGAGCGGUGGGAGCCCAGGCCCCAGGCACCAGCGCCAGACUUGGUCACGAUCCAAGCACUGGCUGCCAACCUUCAGGGCAUCCUGGACAACGCAGAGACCAAGAGGCUCAUCUCCUACUCUGCCAAGCUCACCAGCCAGCUGAAGAAGCUUGAGAAGAGGCUGGAGCGUAACGUGCCCAGUGUUAGCGCCCUCCUGAGAGAGACCUUCGCGAGGAUUGUCCAGCACCAGGUCAUCUACCAGAACUUCUCCAUCACCAUAGGGGGCAUGAGGAAGGAGAUGAGCAAACUCAACUUGCUGCUGCAGAAACAUCAGCCGAUGCAGGAACCCACAAAGGACACAGUCAAAGCAAACCAGAUCAAGCCAUCGCUCCCGAAUGGUGACACCUCAAAGGAUGCUGCCCACAAACAGCAGUACUAUCCACAGCCACCAGUGGGAACAAUGCCCACGCUGAGACCUCGCGUUUCCACUGAUCGGCCAGUAGUCUCCACCCUGAAGGCUGUGGUUCGGGGACCACUGAACAAUAAUGGAAACAUGAUUCAAGAAGACAGCUGUAAUGGAACACCAGUGAUGAUUGGCGAUCCCACGAUCCACAGCAGCUACGGCCGGGCUCAAGGAGCCUGGAUGAAAGAUCCAAUCAUCAAUCAGGAGAGGGUCUACGUCGCCAACUAUUUCUUCGGGACCACGCUGAUAGAGUUCCGCAGCCUGGAGCUUUUCAAACUGGGUCGCUGGAUCAACAGCUACAAGCUGCCAUACAGCUGGAUGGGCACAGGCCACGCUGUUUACAAUGGCUCCUUCUACUACAACAAGGCGUAUACACGCAGCAUCAUCCGCUAUGACCUGGGGAAGCGGGCAGCUGCCAGCUGGGGCUGGCUGGAUGACCUGGCCGUCGGCUCGACUACACUGGCUGGUUGGAAGGGCUACUCUGAGGUGGAUUUCACAGCAGAUGAGGGUGGCCUUUGGGUCACUUACUUCUCCAAUGACUUUGGCUACCUUCCUGAAGAGGUCCUCGUACUCAGCCGCCUCGACCCCAUCGACCUGACCAUGAGGAAGGAGACCACCUGGAAAACACAGAUCCAGCGGGCUUCCUAUGGGAACUCCUUCCUGACAUGUGGUGUUUUGUACGUCAUGAACCUGCAGAGACACAGGGAAGGCACCAUCACCUAUGCCUUUGAUACCCACACAGGCUUCGAGUCAAACCCAGGACUCAGGAUCCAAAGUGAGUACUCUCUCCUGACUCAGGUGGACUACAACCCAGCAGACAAACUGCUCUACGCUUGGGACAAUGGCUACCAAGUCACCUACAAUGUAAGGUUUGCCUACUGACCUACAACAUCGUGCGCUUUAGCUCUGACUCCAGGUUGGACCCCAAAAUAACCAGCAUUACAAUUUCCCAACACACAGAACUCCAACUCGCCCAGAGCCAAGAAUAACCUCUGGAUCCUUAUCCCCUCAACUCUCUGUCCCAACUGGUACACGUUUAUCCAUCCCUCAUAUGGGACUGUGGUAUGCCUCCUGUUGGGGAGGCCAGGAACUCAGCAGGUCAGGCAGCAUCUAUGAAAGGAAAAGCACCGUCAACAUUUCGGGUCGAGGCCCUUCAACUGCAUUGAAUGACACCAGUCUUGAUGAAGGGUCAUGGCCCAAAAUGUUGACUAUCCAUUUCCCUCCACAGAUGCUGCCUGACCCACUAAUUCCUCUGGUGUUUCGUGUGUUGGACCAGAUUCCAGGAGCUGCAGUCUCUCGCAUCACUGUUAGUCCUGUUGUGCUUUGCAAGGAGUGAUGUGUGGUAGCACGGUGGAUUUUAAAACAAGGGAAGAAUUUUACAAUUUGAGUUGCCAGACCUCGAUCUAGCCUUGGUUAUGGGUACUUCUAAUAGCAACUCACAGGAUUACUCCCUGGGGACUCACUUGCUGCAGCUCAGACUGUGGGGCAGUAUGCAUAAGUGCCAUACCGUCAGAGCCUUUCAGGUGAGGCAUUAAAUGGAGGCUCCCAGUGGAUGUAAAAGAUCCCACAGUGCAAUUUAAGCAGGAGAGCUCGCUGGGUACCUUGGGGAUCCUACUUAUCCCUCAACCAGCACUGAGAUGGUUGAUCUCGUUAAUAUUCACACACUACUUGAGGGAGCUUUCUAUGCACAAAGUGACUGAUGUAUUUCUUAAUUCAUGGCAGGGACUGCUGUUCAAAUACAGUCAAGUGCUUCUGGAAGGUGUGAGGUUUCAAAGGGGAUCUGGAGGGGAAAUAAUUUACAGGGCUACAGGGAAAGAGCUGGGGAAUAAGAGUGAGCCAAUAUAGACUGAAUGGUCAGCCCCUGUGCUGCAAUGUAGAGUCCUAUCUCAGGGAUGUCCAGAGAUGUUAUUUAAUAGUUCUUUUUUUCCAUAGAUUGCAAUCAGCUUCUAAUUCUACAUUUAAAAUAAAAAAAACAUACUCAAGUAAGGAUUUAUGUUGAUGAACGGAAUGAUUAUUUGCACAUCUUUGGGCAUUGUAACGGAGAUGCAGCAAGGUUCCUGCUUCUAUCUUCAACCUAUGUACUGGACUUGCAGCCAUUAAGGAUAGCUUGUUAAUCCACAAGGUUCCCCACUGAAUUUAGACAAUGAAUUAAUUUUUUGUUCAAUGGCUGCAGCCUUUCUGACCCCCAUCACCCCACCCUCUCCUUCAAUCACUCAGUUGAUCCACUUGCCGUUGUUGAAAAUAAUAAAAAAUACUGGAAAUCUGAAAUAAAAGCAGAACAUGCUGGGAAAACUGAGCUCAGGCAACAUUGUGCAGAAAGGAACAGAGUUAACAUUUCAGGUCCAUGACGUUCGUCUCCAUAGAUUGUACCCUAAAUCUCCAGCGUUUGGGUUUUCUCCUGUUGAAAAUAAACUCUGUUGGUUUUGAGAAACCUCCCCUCAUCAGAAACUCUUCAUUGGCGUUGAAGAUUAUUGGCUCUGGAGAGGAUGCAAAGUGCAGGAACGAUAUUGGUCACUAUAAAGCCACCACUUAGUCCUGUUCUACAAAGGAUGGCCAGGGUGCAGGGGAGAUUUACUGGAAUGUUUCCAAAGAUGAGUGACUGAAGGUGUUAUUUAAGGAGAAGCGCUUAAAACCACAAAGGAAUUGAGGGAAGCUGGAUUGAAGGUCAUCAAUAACAGCAGAGGGAGUGAUGUAAAGGCUUAAUGUCCUCACAGUGCACAUGAUUUGCUCCUGCAAGCAUUGUGCAUCUUUAAGUGAUCAAGAAAAUGGUGCCUGAGAGGGAAGUAGAAGUAGAUUCAACAGGAUCUGGAGAAGGAUUUGCAGGGCUCCAGGGCAAGAGCAGAAGGAAAGGGGGGACACUAUGGGCCAAGUGGGCUCAAGCUCUGUUCCAUGAUUUGGUGAUUGCUCUGCACCCCUCCCUGGGACGUACUGGAGCCCAGCGCAGCCAAUUACCCUGUGCAUUUUGUACUCGAUGAAUGGAGCCUACAGCUUGAUUUGCCCUGCAGUCACAGUUUGUGCAUCUUUAAGUGAUCAGCAAUUAUGGCAGGGGCUAACGAUGCUUUAGACCCUCCACGCUGAACCCGAGCUGUGGUUACCCACAACCACGAAUGUUUGGAUCCACUCCGCUUAAAAGAGCAGAAAUAUCGUCAGAGGGUAUGUAUGGCAGGGAAACAGAUGCCUUGGCAGGAAUGAGGGGGCUUCAUAAGCAGCUGGGAGGUCUCUUGAAUCAACUGUUAACAAGGGGCCAUAUGUUGACACAUCUGGUCUGUAUAACACCAAUGGGACUGACCCUGGUCAGUCCUUCAGCUGCAGAGGCUGGCAUUUCACCCAGAGCACGAAAUCCAAACGACUCAAAUUUCAACGAGACCCUGUUACACCAGGCAUCAAGGGAGAGUCUUAAAAACCUCACCCCACUGCCACAAGCCUCCUCCCCAUCACUACUCACACCCCAAGCCACCAGAAAGCCCAUAUGUGCAGGGACAGUCCUCCUGCAUCCUCCCAGAUACCGAGAAACUCUGUCCCCUCA